UUUGCUGUGUUAGACGCAAGAUGAUGAAAGUAAUCGGUUUGUUUUUAACGCUGUUAUGUCUCAGCGAAGCGUAUCGUAUUCUGGUGGUAUUCCCUGUACCAUCGAAGAGUCACAGCAUACUAGGACACGGAGUAGUUAACCAUUUGCUGGAUGCCGGUCAUGAGGUAGUGCACGUAACUUCGUACCCCCAUGGGAAAACUGUCAAGAAUUUGAAAGAAGUGGAUUUGACAUCCAUUGCUGACUACUUCACCGCUUUAAAAGACAGUACUGACGAGUUCAAAUUGAAGAACAGGGUUGGUGACCGCCGCGGUGGAACCUCCAUCCUCAUUUACUAUCUUAUGUACGAAAUGAACAAGAAAAUACUGACGGACCCAACUCUAGUGAAGUUCCUAGAAGAUCCCAAAGAGAAGUUCGACGCUGUUAUCACUGAGUGGUUCUUCUACGAGAAUGUUGCUGGUAUCGCUUCCUUAUUUGACUGUCCACUAAUAUGGUUCGCGACGACGGAAGCCAGCUGGAAUGUGGUGAGGCUCGUCGACGAGCUGCCCAACCCGUCGUACAACGUCGACAUAUUCUCCACGAGCAAACCUCCUCUCGACUUCUGGGAGAGAGUCCAGGAGCUAUGCACCGUUGUUUGGAGAUCCCUUCAAUUGAGUGUUGUCUUCACUCCCCUCGAGAAGUCGGUAUACAAUUCAGUGUUCAAUGAGAUAGCAGCGAAGAGGGGAGUAACUAUUCCGUCCUACGACCAAGUGGUAUACAACGCGUCGUUCCUCUUUAUAAACUCACACCCAUCGUUCGGAGGCGCGUACAGAUUGCCGCAGAACGCUAAAUACGUUGGAGGCUUUCAUGUUGAGACUAAAACUAAACCGUUGCCGAAGGAUCUCCAAACUUUAAUGGACGGAGCGAAGGAUGGCGUUAUUUACUUCAGCAUGGGCUCCAACCUGAAUAGCGAGGAUAUGUCGGAGCACAUGAUCACUUCCAUUCUGAAGAUGUUCGGCAAACUGAAGCAGACGGUGCUGUGGAAAUUCCAGACCCAGUCAGAUCGAGUUCCGUCCAAUGUACAUUUGAUCAAAUGGGCACCUCAACAAAGCAUACUCGCCCAUCCAAACCUCAAGAUGUUCAUCACCCACGGCGGUCAGCUAUCGACCAUAGAGGCCAUACACCACGGAGUACCAGUAGUUGGUAUACCUGUCAUCGCUGACCAGCAUGUCAACAUGGCGUCCGUCGUUGACAAGGGCUUCGGCAUCGUCGUUGACCUCGGAGAAGACAUGGCGGAUGACAUGGAGGUCGCCAUCAAGAAAAUACUUGGUGAUAACAGUUACGCACUAAAAGCGAAAGAACUGUCCCAACUUUACCACGACCGUCGGAAUCCUGGUGAAGAAAUGGUGUACUGGAUAGAACAUGUUAUAAGGACAAAAGGAGCUCUACAUUUACGCUCCCCAGCCCUAUCACUGCCCUUCUACAAGAGAUUCUACCUUGAUUUAGUAGUUCUUAUAUUUGUAUUGAUCGGAUCAAUAAUCGCAAUACAAAAAUUGAUAAACAAAUUCAAAUCAAAAAAGCAAAUUAAGACAAAGAAAAAUUAAACAAUGACAAAG